AUGAGUGGAAAGAGUCGUGAGCUUUCAAUUGAUAGGCUCAGCAGCUUGCCAGACGAAGUCAUUUGCCACAUUCUCUCCUUCCUCCCGACAAAGCUCUCUGUAUCAACAUGUGUUCUCGCGAAAAGAUGGAGGUUUUUGUGGGCCCACGUCCCCGUUUUGGAUUUCCAAGCAGAUUUUUUCGAAACACCAAAUUCAGACGUGAUCAACAGUGUUAUUCUGCAGCACAAGGCGAAAACAAUGCAUACUCUUCGGAUCAGCGGUAUAGAGUGCAAUGAGCAUCAACUGGAGAAAUGGAUCUCAACUGCCGUCGAACGAAAAAUCCGGAAUCUUCAUAUCGAUUUCGACGUUAACAGUAUUGCUUUGUUGCAUCGAACCCUCUUCACCUGCAAAACCGUGGUCAACAUGAGGCUCGAUUUAUUUAAAGACUUGCCUUCAACUGGGGACUUGUGUUUGCCUAGCCUCAAGAAACUUCAUCUUUCCCAUGUUAAGUUUGAGGAUGAUGAAGCCCUUCCGCACUUGCUUUCCGGAUGUCCUUUGCUCCAGGAGUUGAUCCUUGAUUACAUGAAUGACCAGUUUGGUUAUAUUGAAUAUGAUCUGAGAUACAUUAAUAUAUCAUCGUCUACGCUCAAACUGCUUGAGGUGAAAAUGUCGGAGGCGAAUGAUCUAAUAUAUAGGAUUGUGAUAGAUGCACCGGCACUUAGAUGUCUCUGUACGGAUUGCGAUUUGGGGCGCAUCACAAUUCUAAAAGAUAUGGUCUCCUUAGUUGAGGCGGAGAUCCGUUUUGAUUAUUGUCAUGACAUCUUUGACAUUGAUAACAAUGAGAGCUCCAAUGUGGUGCAUUGUUUUAAUCGUUUGCGCAACAUCAAUUGCCUAAAGAUAUCAAGCUGUGAAUACCUCAAGUGCACCGAAAAGUGGAAGUCUAUGAGUGAGGAGGAGAAGGCUCGUUUUGUUGCCGAGGCUGAAAGGCACAAUGCAAUGCCGAUUAUGAGCAGCAACUUGAAGCAUGUGAACAGGCUGAAUUGGUGUUGGUGUUGA